GCUGCUGCUGCUCCUGCUGCUACUCAUCCAGACGGUGGAAGCCGAUUUGAAUUUAUAUAAAGAUAAGAUGGCAUCUACAGGCUUUGAUUGUCGUUAGGAUCCCACAGCUGAUGAGGAGUCGCUCCGAGCCCUUGAGUCUAACAGGAGAAUGAGGAGGAGGAGGAACGGGAAAGACUUGGAAGGUUUCUUUAAAGUCUCAAUGAAAGCCUCUGGAGUGCUUCUUCAAUGAUAUACUGAUGGCUAAGAAAGGCCGCACGAAAGGCGAGAAGCCUGAAGCCCUCAUUUCUGCCUUACAAGCAGCCAAUGAAGAUCUCAGGUCCAAGCUAACUGACAUCCAGAUAGAGCUGCACCAGGAAAAAUGCAAGGUGAGCAAGCUGGAACGAGACAAGGUGCAAGAAGUGAAGCGAGUGCGAGAGCAGGAGCAGCACCGUCACACUGCCAUGUUAACAGAGCAACGGGCCAAGUGGCAUGAAGAAAAGCAGAAAGAGCUACAGGCUCUGCGGGAAAACCUUACCCGGCAGCAUGAGCAGGAACUGGCACGUCACGCCAAGAUCAAGGACCAAGAAAAUCAGCGCCUCAAAACUGCCCUGAAUGCAAUGCGAGAUGGUAGUGGAGAAAAGGUACGCACAGCACUGACCCUGGAAGCUAAAGAGGAGGCAAGGCGUUUCUUUGACCAGGAGAGAGUGAAGCUCCUGCAGGAAAUAGUUGAGCUGAAGGCUUCCAAGAAACAGACUGACGAGGCUCUGAGCAACAUGAUCCAGGCGGACAAAAUGAAGGCUGGAGAUCUGCGGGUCGAACAUAGACAGCAUCAGGAAGAAAUCUCUAAGAUCAAGUGGGACUGUGAGAAGGACAUCCGCAGACUGGUGGAUGAAAUCAAAUCCAAGGACCGCACCAUUUUCUCUUUGGAGAAGGAGCUGGAGUCAACAGCUGGGUGCCUACAGAAGCUCCAGCUGCAGAAGGAUGCUUUGGAUGAACAACUUUUCCUUGUAAAAGAGUCAGAGUGUGGCCUGGGAAGUCCAAAAAGGGAAAUUCCAGGAAGAGCCGGCGAUGGUGCAGAGCACUGUGGAAGCCCUGACCUAAGGAGAAAUCAGCGGCGUGUUGCCGAACUUAAUUCAACCAUACGCAAGUUGGAAGAUCGCAACUCAUUGCUGGUUGACGAGAGAAAUGAAUUGCUAAAGCGAGUUAGAGAAUCCGAAAAGCAGUGCAAGCCCCUGUUGGACAAGAAUAAGCUGCUGAACAAGAGGAACGAUGACUUAACUCAGACCAUCCAGAAACUAGAGGAGAAGCUGAAAAGCCUGACAAAAGAAAACAAUGAAAUGAAGGAGAGGAUAGGUUCCCAUCCACCUCUAAAGAAACUGAAGUCCUUAAAUGACCUGGACCAGGCACAUGAUGACCAGGAAAUAGCCUUUCUCAAACUUCAAGUGCUGGAACAACAAAGCAUGAUUGAUGAAUUAACAAGAGAUCGUGAAAAACUACUGAGGAAGAAGAGACAUAAAAGAAGUUCAAGGCCUGUGAAGAGACACAUUGUAGUAGACACCUUCUUUGGCUAUGAUGAAGAAUCAAUGGAUUCUGAGUCUUCCUCAGUGGCAUCAUUUCGCAUGGACAGAACCCCAGCCACUCCAGAUGAAGACCUGGGUGAUGGUCUUGCAAAUGAGGAAUCCGAGUUACGUUUUCGCCAGCUGACCCGGGAGUAUCAGGCACUACAACGAGCCUAUGCCUUGCUGCAGGAACAGAAAGGAGGCCUUCUGGAUGCUGAGAUGGAAGCAAAGGCUCAAGAGCAACUGCAAGCAGAUGUGCUCCGGUACAAAGCCAAAAUAGAGGAUCUGGAGAAGGAACUAGCCUUCAAAGGACAGGACUCCAAAUGGGUAGAGGAAAAGCAGCUUUUCUUAAGAAGAAACCAGGAGCUGCUGGAUAAGGUGGAAAAGUUGGAGUCAGAAUGCAGUCGGCUUGAGGAGGAGCUCCAAGACUCCAGGGACCAAAAUGAGCUGUUGGAGUUUAGGAUACUGGAGCUGGAGGAACGUGAAAGGAGGUCUCCACCUUUUAACCAUUUGCGGAUGCAUCCGUUCUCUGAGGGAGUCAGCGCGCUGCAGAUUUACUGCAUGAAGGAAGGGGUCAAGGAUGUGUGCAUACCAGAUCUUAUCAAGCUACUGGAUAUCCUCGGGGACAAUGGGAACUUGAGGAAUGAGGAGCAAGUGGCAAUAAUUCAGGCUAGCACUGUUUUGUCACUGGCAGAAAAGUGGAUUCAGCAGAUAGAAGGGACAGAGGCAGCACUACAUCAGAAGAUGAUGGACCUCGAGAUAGAAAUGGACAUGUUCUGUAAACAGAAAGGAUAUCUAGAAGAGGAGCUAGACUACAGAAAGCAGGCCCUGGACCAGGCUUACAUGCAAAUCCAGGAGUUGGAAGCAACCCUAUACAACGCCCUGCAGCAGGACAAGGUGAUAAAGUACGGCGAGCCUCUGAACGAGCUUCAGAAGGACGAGCUGAGAAUGGCGGUGGAGAAGCUGAGGAGGCAGAUGCUGAGAAAGAGUCGCGAGUACGACUGCCAGAUCCUCCAGGAGAGGAUGGAGCUGCUACACCAGGCCCACCAGAGAAUCCGUGAUCUUGAAGACAAGACAGAAAUCCAAAGGCGGCAGAUUAAAGAUCUAGAGGAAAAGGUGCUGCGUCAGCUCAGAGGUCUUGUUUGGGUCUCCAAUGUUGAUUAUGUGUUGGACAAGCUGAAAACAGUGUGUGUAGCAGUGGCUGUUGAAAGAUCAGUGAUUCCAGAUGUUGGUGGAUUCAGCCUGUGCGCACUUCAAACUUUACUAAAAAUGUUGUUGAUUUGGUUUUGUUUUAUUGACUGGACUGGAGUUAAGAUCUUCGAGAUUCCGCCCAGGACUGUUUAUUUUUCUAGCAAAGUAACACCCAAUGAGACCUUCAGAGGCUUGCAAAGAAAUCUAUAAACACAUAAAUAAUCUGACAUACAUAGUUUACAGAGACGCAUGCAUAUGUAAAUGCAACACACGCACACACACACACGUUUUGCUAGUUCAAAACCAAAGCCUGGAAGAUGUUCUCUCUGCCAUGCAGGGUUAUAAUAUGUCCACGGCCAUAAGGGGAACAUAAACAGACUGAAAACUCAAACAGUGAAAAAUACAAACCACAGGACCACAGCUUUCCCUCUUUCAUGUGCUGCCCAAAGCUGUAAGAACAUUCUUUUGGGAUUCAAGUCAUCGAUGAGUAGAAACAAGCCAACUCAGGGCCCAUGAGUGCAGAAGCUGUCGGAGCAGAGCUGACCUCAGGCCAGAUAAUAAUAAGGAACAUUUGGGACACGCUGCCUUACUUUCUAGCCUGUGGUUGCUGCUUCCAGAAUGGUGCUUAAACUGACUGCUUGCACUUCCCCCAGAAGGUUAUACCUGCUAUAAGGCAAAGCUGUCCUGUAAACAGUGGAUUCUGAAGAGGAACACUCAGGUUCAUCACUGAAAAAAAAGGUCAAAAGUGAAAGAGAUGGCUCCCUUACAUCCAGCUCCAGUCAGCACCAAUUUUCCAUGAGGAAACCUGUAGAUUGUGGAACUGCUGUGAAAUUUUUUUUAAAGCCAGAAGAGUAAAAAGGCGCAACUGUCCAGAUUUCUUUGUAGUGUUCCAACCAAUCAAUGUUUCCAAGAGUUCCAAAAACACCUGUUAUGUAAUAUAUAUAUACUGUUGAUAUGUACAUGACUCUCAAUUAUUUUAUGUAGUCUUAUUAUUUUUUUGUGAUAAGCUGUCAUUUUUUUACUCUCUGAAGCAGCUUGAACAGUUAAUGUACUUAGCAGUUUUCAAAUUAUUUAAAAAGGAUAUAAACUGCUCUGGUCUAUUGUGGUGAUGGCUGCAACGAUGAACUUUAUACCCCAUAGAUGGUUAUAACUGAAAAGCUAAAUGAAUGUGGAUAUAAAAUGAAUUUUGGUCUUUUCUUCCCCAUUUUUCUCCUUCCUACAUAUUGUUCUAGAUAUAUCAGGCUCCAGGUCAGUUUGCAUCUUUGGUUAAAAUAAACCCUAAUUUCAUGCCUAAGUGA